CCAGGGGGUUCUCGCCAAGUACUCUUUAAUUAUGAGCUAAGGCAGGCUCCGCAAGACCCAUUCUCCACCCGCCUAGCUAUGUUAUAGUUAAUAUACCCCCUCAUCAAUGAUAAUUACUGACAUAAUUCUAAAUCUAAUUAGCUUAAUUGUUGAACGCUUAAUUAAUGAUAACGACCACAGCGAGGACGACGACUGCAUCACGAUCACUUUCUUGAUAUAUAUUUGUGAUGUAUUAAUUUCUUUUUUAUUCCUCGUGACUUUUCAUCUCAUCCUCCAUUUAUUUAUAAUUGAUAACAAAAAUAAUAUCGUUAACCUCCACGCGGCCAGCUUUGUGCGUAUCGAGAUACGCGCGAAAAGGUAAAUGAUUCUGAUGGAAAUAGUUCUCCAAUGUUGAUCCUCUUGAAAGACAUGAUCUAGAUCUUCGUUCCCGAGGUGAGGAAAGGAAUAUGUCUUCGUUCAAUCGUCGCUCCGCCUCUGCUGUUGCUGGCCCUCCCAGACCAAACGCUGCCUUUGCGACGGGCGAACAAUACAAGGACAUUAAUAUCGCCAAAAAGUCACUAACUGCUGGUGCAUUUGCUGAAAAUGCGAGAACUAGAUCCGUUGCUGGGAAGGGAGAAAUUGUAGAGCCGGAGCCAGAGGACGAUAAUGAGGAUGACGAGCAUCAUCCCAUAUACGCCGAACUGACUGCGGCGAUAAGAAGACUGAAGGAAGCGCCUACGCCAAGUACAGCUUCACCAGCGUCUUCAACUUGCGGGAGUCCACCAGCUGGGUUUAGAAGGACGAGUAUUGCAGAGCAGGACCAGGACGACGUCGAUGUGGCGAGCACUAAUGAUCCCAAAGACGAACAAGCAGACGAUGAGGAAGAGGAUGUAGCAACAGGAUAUCUCAACCUAGAAGAGGAUGAUCGAGGCAUAGUAGAGGAUGUAGCAAGAGGAUAUCUCAACCUAGAAGAGGAUGACGUUGAGCUUGAGAACAACGAGGUUAGUCCUCUACCUGAACAGACGUUGGAGAGUUUUUUACGAGCUGCCAAUCUGUCUCCACCAGGUAGUUGCCCUUCUUCACCACCUCUUAGGCACACAGCUUCCAAAAAAACGGUUAGGAGAAAAACGAAUCCUCUUCAGGAACAGGAAAGGGGAUGCGAGCAAAUCAUAGAGGAUGAUGAUGGUGACCCAUGGUUUGACGACCGGUUUGACCUUGUAGUUUCUGAUAAAACACCCCCUUCUCGGACGUCAAAAGGAGGUGCAAGAGGCAGAAGAAGGGUUAGAGGAAAGAGAAAAGAGGGUGAGGCUGCUCUCGAUUUUGAAGAUGUUGGCCAAGAUGGACAGCCCUUUGCGUCAUCAAACUUCACAGCCUCCACAUCUACAACACGAACAAGUGCUGCGAUUGAGCUUCAAAAUGUUGCUAACUUUGUGUCUGGAACAGCCAGCCCACCCCGUCGACCUCCUCCUCGUCCUCCUCUCACAUCAAGGACAACCAAAGUUAUUCGAGAAAACAAGAACAACCCUAGUUCUUCAUCCCGACGUACCUCUCAAACGAGUCCUACGCUUGGCGACAACGCCAACUCGUCAAAGUCCAUCGAACUUGCAGCUUCUUCGAAAUCAAACGCUUGCAAGAAAGGCAAAAGCUCAGGUGUCGGCACUUCUUCUUCUCGUAAGAACGGUGGCAAAGCGCGAACAGAAGGCUAUCUAGCCAACUACGGUGGUCGAGCGCGUAUCUUCGCUUUCGUCAACCCUAGCAGUGGUGGAAACCUAGGUUCCAGGAUCAUAGAACGACUCACGCCAGAACUAGGGGAAGCGAAUAUCUGCAAUCUGAAGGAGAUGAACCCAUCUGAUUUCGUCAGGGAUAACGUGGUGCCAGUGGAGACGACAGCAAGACUUCUAGUUUGUGGAGGCGACGGCACGGCUAGUUGGAUAUUGGGUGUCGUAGCAGGGUUGUGCAGCAAUAACGAAUUGAAAACUUAUGGAGUGAAUGAUAAUGCUUGACCUGGAUGAUAAUGCUUGAUUUUGCACACUAGCUACAAGUAAAUAUGAGUUUUUGAUCGCGUGGUUGGUGAGUUCAGAUAAACAUUGAAAUCUGUAUCUUCUGCUUCAUUCUUUUAUGAAUUUUGACGUCUCUUCGUGAAGUAGAUUCUUAGGUUUGUCAACUACUCAUCUUCACAAUUCGAAUGGCAUUCUUUCCAUCUUCACCUUCUCUCUUCUAAGUCUCGCAGCCCCCAGUCGCCAUCGUCCCUCUUGGCACCGGCAACGACUUGGCCCGUAGUCUCGGCUGGGGCCCUUCAGUUUGGAGUGCGCAUAAGGUGAUCGACUACUUGCGUCUCUGCGAGGACGCGGAGAUGACGAUUCUAGACCAGUGGCAUGUCACCAUUCUACCCAAACAACCCCUGCCUCCAGACCACAAACUGCGACAGAUGGGCUCUCAUCCUCAGAGAAUAGUCGAGGACGGAAAAGAGCAGGAGAUAUUGGAAAGGCUGAAAAAUUUUCACUAUGUGACAGAUGAGGACGACAUACCCGUGUUUGCACAGGGCUCAAGCUUUUUCGCGCAUGAUAAACUAUACGCAAAACAAAGAAGCCAAAAAGUCAAAGGGAAUAUGGAAAAGUACUAGACAAGACUCUUCUUUUUGGUUGUUAUAUUUUGAAACUAAAGAGAACCUAGAAAGUAGUCUGUCUUCUACCAUCCAACCAACUUCUACUAAUGCUAUCAUCAAACAAUAUAACAAAAUCAAACUGAACUCUUGCAUCUACUGCUCGUCUUGUUUAUGUCAAUCACUAGCACUACAUUCCUCCACGACUAUAUCAAAAACCUCCAAGGUUGCUGAAAUACCACGUUGCGAAUGGUGGCGAGAUUUACCAGGGCACGUUUCAGAACUACUUCUCUAUCGGAAUCGACGCUGCUACCGCCACCAUGGUCGAAAACGUCCGAAAUACGAAGUGCGGCAAGUGCGUCUUCGAUUGCGGCGCAGGCAAGCUGUGGUACGGCGCUUCAGGCUGCAAACUCAUGUGCACAGCACUCUGUAAUCGGCAGUCUUUAGCAGACCAGUCCGAUUUCUACUUCCAAGACCGGCUGAGGGCAGACACAGCCAUGGAGGAUGGAAACUUGCGAAAGCGCUACGUCGAAUCCCACAGUAAACCAGGGAGAAUUCGAGCCGUCGUGUUUCUGAAUAUCAACUCCUACGGCGCGGGCGCUCAACCCUACGCCGGUGACGUCGGAAAGCAAAGACCCCAUGACGGGUUAAUGGAGGUCCUAGGCAGUAGGAACAUCUGUACUAUGGGUUGCGCCACCGUUCUCGGCAGUUACAUGAGCACUCUCGCCAGAGGCAAAAGCUUCUUGCUCGAUUUGCACACCAACGAAUACAUGCAAUCCGACGGGGAAGGCUGGAUGAUGCCGGUCCCUUCACUUCUGCUCAUCACGAAGGCCAGAACCGCGACGAUGCUUCGAGCGCCAGUCAGUGGCCCCUUUUGGUCGAAGAGACAAAGGCCAACCUUUUGGCCUCUAGUGGUGCCUCCAGCAGCCUCGGUCCCGGACAUAGUGGACUUGGUCGAUAAGGAGAACGUGUUUGACGAAAGUGGGGCCUACAUCGGACAACAGGGUGGACCCACAGCCAAAAUGGGUGCAGAUUCCGCGAAUAACUCGGGAGACGAUGCGGAGAAUAGAGGUACUUACUACUGCUCGCGGCCGCUAGUGAAUGCUUCUGAUAUGAUUUGCAAAAACAACUUAGGUGAAAAUGAAAUAUAUUUUUAUAACAAAUGCUGUGGUGCGGGUAGUUGCAAAUUAUUUUCCCGGAGUUCUACUGAUGAUCAACAUGUACUUGGAUACCUUGCUGUGUGUUGCUACUGGUGCUUUAUUGUCUAAUCAUGAUCAACAUCAUACCUUUACUUUUUUACCUAGUACAAUAUACAAGAACUCCAAGAAAUGACCGAACGAACCUUACUUUCCCUAAGUAGUACAAACAAGAACUCCAAAUGACCGAACGAACCUCCUCCAUCCAUCAAACCACUACAGGCCCUCCUUCCUUGAGACCAGUGGAAGACAUCGUUUUUGACGAUUCUGCUAGGGACGUCAUCAGAAUCCAAGAAAGCGCAGAUGAUAACUAUGCCAGUCCCGAAGUUCUUGCCGUUGCCGCCGAAGCUGCUGCGUCGUCACCUGGUCAGGAAGAUGACGAUGAACCUAGUGCCACCGAUGCCGACGACUAGAAGUUGCAGGACUCCUGAAGACCCCUCCUUGUACUUCCCCCAAUAGUACGUAUACAACUUUAUCUUUGAUCACGAUCAUGUUUUUACAUUUUGCUUCUUGAUAUUCUGGCAGCUGCGUAGAUGUUGUAGUUAUUCUUGAUAUUUUGUUAUUACCGAAUGAAACGGGUCGUGCUCGUGUCUCUUGUUAUUUCCUCUUAUUCAUUGCCAAUUAAAUACAUUCCGAACUACCGUUGUUCGAACAACUACAAGAUAAUACUGAUCUUAACAUUUUUUAUUGCCAAUUAACACAUUCACAUGAUUAUUUUUACAUAUACGAUUUUCGACACCAAAAUUAAAGCCUUCUAGUAUGGUACCUCAUUUGUUUAUGUAAAUGUACCAGACUAGACGAUAAUUAUGGUCAACAUUGCUGAUUCUCUUCCAUGUGCCUUACCAUGAUCGUGAGAUGAAAGGGAAAACAUCGAAUAUGGUGGUCAACAUUCUCCUUGAAUUUGAAUUCUCCUCGUUGGACAUGAAGAUUAGAUCUUCAUGCUCACCGUCACAAUCCAAAAAGAAUAGCAC